GUUUAAAACCGGGGGGUGACGGUUUCCCUCUCCCGCCCAGCUGGACCUCGCCUCCCAGUACGUCAAGGCGGCCGUGAAGAACAUCCCCACCGCGUUCCUGAUGACGGACUCCCAGGUGGCUGAUGAAUCCUUCCUGGUCCUGAUGAACGAUUUCUUGGCGUCCGGGGAGGUGCCGGGGCUCUUCCAGGAUGACGAGCUGGAAAACAUCAUCGGUGCCAUGAAGCCCCAAGUGAAGUUCCUUGGAUUGCAAGAUACAAGGGAAAACUGCUGGAAAUUAUUUAUAGAGAAAGUCAGGCGUCAGUUAAAGGUCAUCCUCUGCUUCUCCCCCGUGGGCUCAACCCUGCGGGUGCGGGCCAGGAGGUUCCCCGCCGUGGUCAACUGCACGGCCAUCGACUGGUUCCACGAGUGGCCGCAGGACGCGCUCGUGUCCGUCAGCAGCCGGUUCCUGGAGGAGACAGGGGACAUGGAGCCCGCGGUCAAGGUCUCCAUCAGCCAGUUCAUGGCCUACGUCCACAUGAGUGUUAAGGAGAUGUCCAAGACCUACCUGGCCACAGAGAGACGCUACAAUUACACCACGCCAAAGACCUUCCUGGAGCAGAUAAAGCUCUACCAAAACCUGCUGUCGAAAAAACGGAGCGAGCUCACCGCCAGGAUCGAGCGGCUGGAGAAGGGGCUGACGAAGCUGCAGAGCACGACGUCGCAGGUGGACGACCUGAAAGCCAAGCUGGCGGUGCAGGAGGCAGAGCUGAAGCAGAAAAACGAGGAUGCGGAUAAACUGAUCCACGUGGUGGGUGUCGAGACAGAGAAGGUCAGCAAGGAGAAAGCCCUCGCAGAUGAGGAGGAGCUGAAGGUCCAGGCCAUCAACACGAACGUGUCCGAGAAGCAACGAGCCUGUGAGACCGACCUGGCGAAAGCGGAGCCGGCGCUCGUGGCCGCCCAGGAGGCCCUCGACACCCUCAACAAGAACAACCUGACGGAGCUGAAGUCCUUCGGGUCCCCGCCCCAAGCAGUGGUGAACGUGACGGCGGCUGUGAUGGUUCUGACGGCCCGCGGGGGCAAGAUACCGAAGGACAAGAGCUGGAAGGCAGCGAAGGUCAUGAUGGGAAAAGUAGACGCUUUCCUUGACGCCCUGAAGAAUUUUGACAAGGAGCACAUCCCCGAGGCCUGUCUCAGGGCGUUUCACGUCGUGCCGCGGGGCUGCCCCGGGCAGGCGUCCAGGAGGGACCCUCACCCGGGGGUUGGGGGCCCGCGGGGGCAAGAUACCGAAGGACAGACGCUGCUGAUCGAGGACGUUCCCGAGACGGUGGAGCCGGUGCUGGAGCAUCUCCUGGGCAGGAACACCACGAGGAAGGGCAGAUACAUUAGGAUAGGAGAGAAAGAAGUGGAGUAUCACCCGCGCUUCCGCCUGAUUCUGCACACCAAGAACUUCAACCCUCACUACAAGCCAGAGGUGCAGGCUCAGUGCACCCUGAUCAACUUCUUGGUGACCCGGGAGGGGCUGGAGGACCAGCUCCUGGCCGCUGUGGUGGCCAAAGAGCGGCCGGACCUGGAGACCCUGAAGGCAAACCUCACAAAGAGCCAGAACGAGUUCAAGAUCAAGCUGAAGGAGCUGGAGGACUCCCUGCUCGCCCGGCUGUCGGCUGCCGGCGGGGACUUCCUGGGGGACACGGCGCUGGUGGAGAACCUGGAAACGACAAAGCGCACAGCCACGGAAAUUGAGGAAAAAGUGAGAGAAGCUAAAGCCACCGAAAUCCAAAUAAAUGUCGCUAGAGAAAACUACAGGCCAGCGGCAGAGCGAGCGUCCCUGCUGUACUUCAUCCUGAGCGACCUCAACACCAUCAACCCCAUGUACCAGUUCUCCCUCAAGGCAUUCCACGGGGUCUUCGAGAAGGCCAUUCAGCGCACGGCCCCCAGCGACGACGCCAAGCAGAGGGUGAUGAACCUGACGGAUGAGAUCACCUACUCGGUCUACUCCUACACCGCACGGGGACUCUUUGAGAGAGACAAACUCAUUUUCCUGGCCCAGGUUGCCUUCCAGGUCCUGGCGAUCAAGAAAGAAGUGAACCCGGUGGAGCUGGACUUUCUCCUGCGCUUCCCUUCCAAGGCCGGUGUCACGUCCCCCGUGGACUUCCUGCAGCCCCAGGGCUGGGGCGGCAUCAAGGUGCUCUCGGAAAUGGAAGCGUUCAAGAACUUGGACAGCGACAUCGAGGGCUCAGCAAAGCGCUGGAGAAAGCUUGUGGAGUCCGAGGUGCCGGAGAAGGAGGCGUUCCCCAAGGAGUGGAAGAACAAGUCGUCCCUGCAGAAGCUGUGCGUGCUGCGGUGCCUGCGGCCGGACAGGAUGUCCUACGCCAUCAGGAACUUUGUGGAAGAGAAGAUGGGGAGCAAGUUUGUGGAAGGCAGGAGCACUGACCUCUUCGAGGUGUACAAGGAGAGCAGCCCCUCCACGCCCCUGUUCUUCAUUCUCUCCCCGGGCGUGGACCCGCUGGAGGACGUGGAGGCCCUGGGCAAAAAGCUGAACUUCACCAUCGACAACGGGAGGAUCCACAACGUGUCGCUGGGGCAGGGCCAGGAGGUGGUGGCCGAACAGGCCCUGGAGCUGGCCGCCGCGCAGGGACACUGGGUCAUCCUGCAGAACAUCCACCUGGUGGCCCGGUGGCUGGGCGCGCUGGAGCAGGCGGUGGAGCGGCACAGCCGGGGCAGCCACAGUGAGUACCGGGUGUUCCUGAGCGCCGAGGCAGCCCCCAGCCCCGGGGCGCACGUCAUCCCGCAGGGGCUGCUGGAGAACGCCAUCAAAAUCACCAACGAGCCGCCGGCGGGCAUGGAGGCCAACCUGCACAAAGCCCUCGACCUCUUCACACAGGACACGCUGGAGACGUGCAGCAAAGAAACGGAGUUCAAGUGCAUCUUGUUUGCGCUCUGUUACUUCCACGCGGUGGUGACCGAGCGGCGCAAGUUUGGCGCCGAGGGCUGGAACAGAUCUUACCCCUUCAGCAACGGGGACCUGACCAUAUCGGUUAACGUCCUGUACAACUACCUGGAGGCCAACCCCAGGGUGCCGUGGGACGAUCUCCGGUACCUCUUCGGUGAGAUCAUGUACGGGGGCCACAUCACGGACGACUGGGACCGCCGGCUCUGUCGCACUUACCUGAGCGAAUACAUCCACGCGGAGGCGCUGGAAGGGGACGUGUUCUUAGCUCCAGGGUUUCGGAUCCCUCCCAGCUUGGAUUACGAGGGUUACCACAGGUACAUCACGGAGAACCUGCCGCCGGAGAGCCCCCACCUGUACGGCCUCCACCCCAACGCGGAGAUCGGCUUCCUGACCGCCGCCUCGGACAGGCUUUUUCGGACCCUUUUGGAAAUGCAGCCCAAGGAGUCAGACGCUGGAGGAGUCUCGGGUGUCUCCCGCGAGGAAAAGGUGAAGUCAGUCCUGGAGGAGAUCGUGGCGAGGCUGCCGGAGCCGUUCAGCAUGGCCGAGCUCAUGGCCAGGGCAGCGGACAGGACCCCCUAUGUUGUAGUCGUCCUCCAGGAAUGUGAAAGAAUGAACAUCCUGACCCAAGAAAUGAGGCGCUCCCUGACAGAGUUAGACUUGGGACUAAAGGGAGAACUAACGGUCACCGCCGACAUGGAAGAGCUGGCCAACGCGCUCUUCUACGACACCGUCCCUGCGCCCUGGGCACGUCACGCCUACCCCUCUCUGCUGAGCUUGGGAGCCUGGUACACAGACCUGCUCCUGCGGGUCCGGGAACUGGACGUCUGGACAACAGGCUUUGCGCUGCCCGCGACAGUGUGGCUGUCGGGAUUCUUCAACCCCCAGUCCUUCCUCACGGCCGUCAUGCAGUCCACGGCCAGGAAGAACGAGUGGCCCCUGGACAAGAUGUGCCUGGCAGUGGAAGUGACCAAGAAAAACCGUGAGGAUAUCACAGCUCCCCCCAGAGAAGGAGCCUACGUGCAUGGAUUAUUCAUGGAAGGCGCUCGCUGGGACGCGCCCGCGGGCGGGAUCGCCGACGCGCGCCUCAAGGAGCCGGCGCCGCCGAUGCCCGUCAUCGCCGUCAGAGCCGUCCCUGCCGCCCGCCUGGACACCACCAACGGCUACGAAUGUCCCGUCUACAAGACACGGAUGCGAGGUCCCACCUACGUCUGGACCUUCAACCUGAAGACAAAAGAAAGAGCCGCUAAGUGGAUCCUUGCUGCUGUAGCUCUGCUCUUGCAGACCUAAACGUCAGCGACUGUGGGAAACAGCAAACGCUUUUACCUGCAAAAAACCUCAAAGCUGUUAACUCAGACUAAGUUUGAUUGUGCCAGAACUCUUUUAGCAAAGCAUCAAUAAAAGCCGUGCUGGAACCGCUGUCCUGUGGCGACUGCUCUUACAAGGCGCGCAGGUUCUGACGGGGGACGCUGGUUUCCAGCGGGUGGUUUCUGAUGAAGUGCUGGGUGGGAGCCAGACCACCGCAGGAAGCCAAACGGAACAACCCCCCGUAACCACCCGAUCCCUGCCCGCCGCUCUCGGUCCUUCCACAGCGAUUUGUCUGUCUGGUCUCUCAGUGCUAACUGCGAGCAGCAAUCCCUCAGGACGCGUGCGUGGCCCGUUCCCGCGGGGAAGCAUGUGUCUGUUUAGACCAGACGGAAGAAGAAAGGUGCAGAUUUGGCCCCGUUCACCAACACGACAACCUGUGCGACCCAAAGCAGUCCAGCCACACACAGACCCAUCUCUGAAGUAGGUUUCUUUCUGUUUCUGGGUUACAGGAUCUACUCUGCCCUUUCUUUCACAACAGAGGAUCGGUAUCAGCUGUAACACCCAUUAGGGUGAUCAGAUCUGCUCUGGCCACCAUACAGAAGCCAGUGCCUGUCCCUUUAUCAUAAAAUAAUUCACCAAAAUCCCACCCCAUGCAAUACCUGAACAACUAGUUCUAAAGUGCAGUUGUGUAAAACUUCCCCUCCAGGCAGUGGUUAAGAAAGGCCACAAGGGCAGGCAGGCAGAGCCGCUUGCCUCUCCAUAAAGCUGUGGCAUUUAGAAUAAAUUACCAUUAAGCUUUAGAGUUACCUUCAGCUUUUCCAGGCGUCAGAAAUCCCUUCUCUUGGCAAUACAAGAUCAGAACUCCCUGCACAUACCCCAGAAGCAAAACUCCCCUGUGCUCUACCGCCCUCGGACCUGGCUCCCAACCAGC